CGCCCCCUGGUGGCUGUUGGCUUUUUAAAGUUUUGCUCGAAUAAAUGACGUAGUAUUUCAAGAUGGCGGCGCCCCACUCCAUCAUGAAAUUCUGGAAACCCGGGGCCGAGGCGCCGGGAGUGAGUGAGGAGAGGGAGCUGAACACGGAGCCGGGUGGCGCCGCUGUCAUCUACAACCCUCACAGCACCCUGUCUGUGGAGAAACAGAGGCAGAAGCUGCCUGUCUUUAAGCACAGGAACAACAUCCUGUACAUGGUGGAAUGCUUUCAGACCGUAGUGAUCCUGGGAGAGACCGGCUCGGGGAAGAGCACCCAGAUUCCUCAGUACCUCCUGGAGGCCGGAUGGGCUGCAGAGGGGAAGGUAAUCGGUGUGACUCAGCCUCGGAGAGUAGCUGCUACAUCGGUGGCCACUCGGGUAGCAGAGGAACGUGGAGCGUUUUUGGGGCAUGAGGUGGGAUAUACCAUCCGCUUUGACGACUGCUCAGAUCCUCAUGCCACCCGUAUAAAGUUCCUCACAGAUGGGAUGCUGGUCAGGGAGAUGAUGGCCGACCCGCUGCUGAAAAAGUACAGUGUCCUCAUGUUGGACGAGGCCCAUGAAAGGACUCUCUACACCGACAUUGCCAUCGGCCUUCUCAAGAAGAUUCAGAGGAAGCGGAGAGACCUGCGACUAAUCGUCGCGUCCGCUACACUGGAUGCCAAGAAAUUUUAUGACUUUUUCAACCUGAAUGAAACGGGAGACCCGAGCAAGGACACGUGUGGGAUCCUGACUGUCGAGGGCCGCACUUUCCCCGUGGAUAUUUUCUACACAGUCAGUCCAGUUCCAGAUUACGUAAAGGCCACCGUGGAAACCGUGCUGAAGAUUCACGAAGCCGAGGACGAUGGAGACGUGCUGGCGUUCCUCACUGGACAGGAGGAGGUGGAGAAGGUGGUGUCCAUGCUGCAGGAUCAGGCUCGCUCUCUGUCUCGCCACGGUAUGAAGAAACAUCUGCGCGUCCUCCCCAUGUACGCAGGCCUGCCUUACUCCGAGCAGCUGAAAGUGUUUGAACGGUUGCCACCUACUGUCCGAAAGGUGGUGGUCGCCACUAACAUCGCCGAGACGUCCAUCACCAUCAACGGCAUCGUGUUUGUGAUCGACUGUGCGUUUGUCAAGCUGCGGUGCUACAACCCCCUCACAGCCAUCGAGUCUCUGGUGGUGACGCCCAUCUCCAAAGCCUCAGCGUCUCAGAGAGCAGGAAGAGGCGGGCGCAACCGGCCCGGGAAAUGUUUCCGCCUUUACACAGAGGAAGACUUCGAGAAGCUUCCGGAGAGCACCGUGCCCGAGAUGCAGCGCAGUAAUUUGGCUCCGGUCAUCCUUCAGCUCAAAGCUCUGGGCAUCGACAACGUUCUGCGCUUCAGCUUCCUGUCUCCGCCCCCGGCUCAGACCAUGGUGCAGGCCUUGGAGUUGCUCUUCGCUCUCGGUGGUCUGGAUCAGUACGGGCGUCUGACCGAGCCGGCGGGGGUCCGCAUGGCCGAGUUCCCCCUCAGCCCCAUGUUCGCUAAGAUGCUGCUCGAGUCGGGAAACUUCGGCUGCUCCAAAGAGAUCAUCACCAUCGCCGCCAUGAUGCAGAUCCAGAACGUGUUCGUGGUGCCGUCCAAUCAGAAGAAAGCAGCUGCGCGUGAGCACAGGAAGUUCGCUGUGGCUGAAGGUGAUCAUCUGACCAUGCUGAAUGUCUACGAGGCUUUCGUGAAGCAUCAGAAGAGUUCGCAGUGGUGCCAGGAGCACUUCCUGAACUAUAAGGGUCUGCUGCGUGCCAUGACGGUCCGAGAGCAGCUCCGUCGCCUGCUGAACAAGUUCAAGGUUCCUCGAACCUCCAGUGAAGGCGACCCAGAUGUGAUUCUGAGGUGCAUCGUGUCAGGAUUCUUUGCUAACGCGGCUCGCUUGCAUCACUCCGGAUCCUACAGGACUUUACGGGAUGACCGGGAGCUUCACAUUCAUCCCAACUCUGUGCUUUACGGGGAGAAACCUCCGAAAUGGGUGGUCUUUAAUGAGGUGGUUCAGACCUCCAAGUACUACAUGAGAGACGUGACUGCGGUGGAAUCGUCCUGGCUGGUGGAACUGGCACCUCAUUUUUAUAAACAGGCCACGCACGGCUCUCUGGGAAGCAAACGGUCCAAAGUCUUCUGAAUUCAUCAUCCAUCGUGACUGGCUGCUGAACUACUGAUCCUAAAAUACUUGAGCGUGUACACACACACACACACACACACACACACACACACACACACACACCAUAAGGCAGCAGAACUGAGAAAAAAAUUCUCUGCUUAAAAGCAGCCUUGUAUAUACGUGUACGAUAUAUUUAAUUCUUCGUAUUCAAUUAAUUCGUCCACCAGCACAUGGAUAUGAACACGAUUUUGUCUUGAGGUCAAAGGUCAUUCAAGGGGCUUCCUUUUUUUAUUUUUGUAAAUUUUUUAUUUUUUGAGUUACCUCAUGCAUGGCCUAACUAGGGAAGUGAAAUAUCUUUAAAGGAUCCAUUUUUUUAUUCUAUGAUUUUUUUUUUUAUUUUUCAGAAAAGAGUGAUCUAGAUGAAUCUAAGAGCUUGGGGCGGAUUGUGCUGUGUUUCUACAUCACCCUGAGAUUUUUCUGGUUUUUAAAUUACACACCGGAUAUCUUUUUUUCCGUAGGAAUACAGUGUAGCUGAGAUUUAGUGGCCUUUUUCUCACCAUUAUGUGCCAAAUAUUAAACAUAUUUUAUAAUAUUAAAUAACGUUGCCAUUUUUACACCGGUGCCUAAAAAUGUGCUUUCAUUUAAAAUCACAGAAAUCCUGGAGAAUUUUUUUUUUUUUCAAUACUUACACAACAUUCCAUGCUGAUUUUCUGAAAUUCAUCAGAAAAUCAUUUGGAAAUAAGAUUUUUUUUUUUCUCAUUUUUUUUUUUUUUUACUGUGAAUUGAGCCACUUAUAAACAUUACGUUAUUGCCCCAGGGUAUAGUUACAAAAAACACAUUUUUGAAAGAGAGCACAAACAGAAAUGGUCAGUAUUUAGACAUCAACCUGCUUUCAUUUUAUUAAAAGUUACUCCUCAAGCUUAGUUACAGAUAUCUGCAUGAUGAUAAUAACGAUAAUAAACCAACUUAAUAACCUUGUGUAGUCAAGCUGUAGCUGCUGCUCAAGUCACGAUCGUAUUGUUCCAACAAUAUUACUCCAAACUCGACUUCCUGCAUGUUCACUUCCUCUCAGAACACUGUGAAAAUCUUACGUAGUGCGUAGUAGAUAGACACAGUUAAUCUCAGCAAUAAUCUUUAUUCGUAUGAUGAGGUGUGGUACGUCCUCGAUGAAACUUAAACUUCCUCCAGAUUUCCUUUCAUCUCAACGUUCUGUACGGAUAUGAAACAAAUGCCAGCCUCAAAUAAAUCUGAAUCUUCACACAAA